GACAAGGCCAGCAGUGUGAGGCGAGAGACGAGAGCCCUUCCCAAGCCCUGCGGUGGCGUGGCCCAGGGGGCGCCGCCCUGGCCAAAGCGAAAGCCAAUCCAUCCGCGGCUGGCUUCCCUCUCCUGUUCGCUGCUGCAUCUCGCCCCUCAAGCCAUCCAGCCAUCCAGCCACCAACGAUGACGUCCACAGACAGCUGCCCGUGCUCGGCGCCCCUGGCCUCGAUGGACGAUAUUGCGAACUGGCAUCCUACAGACAAGGACCUGCACAACGUCGCCGGCAUCGCAUGGCGCCCACGAGCCAGUGCCUCUGGCCAGGGAGACCACGAGUCGCCCGGGCAGAUAAUCUUUUGCCACGACAUGGCCGGCGGCUACCGCGAGGACAAGUAUAUCCAGGGUCUCCAGAACCAUGACAAUCUCUACUCAUUCCAGUACUGGCAGUUUGUAGACAUCUUCAUCUAUUUUAGCCAUGCCCGUGGCGCCGUCCCGCCUGUCAACUGGACCAAUGCCGCCCAUCGGAACGGCGUCAAGAUGCUGGCAACGCUGAUUACAGAGUGGGAGCCCGGAGUCUCUGAGAACCUCAAGCUCAUCUAUGGCCCGGAUUACAUCGAAGGCAUCACUGACGAAGAAGCGUUUUCUCCGUUCUUUGCCGACAAACUUGUCGAGAUCGCCCAGUUCUACAAGUUUGAUGGCUGGUUCAUCAACAUCGAGGCUCCUCUGGGCCAUCCCAGACGGGCGUAUGCCCUGGCCCACUUUCUGUCGUACCUGAAGAUGCGACUCCACGAGACCAUUCCUGGAUCGCUGCUGAUUUGGUACGACUCGCUGGUCCUAACGGGCGAGAUUCGCUGGCAGGACCGCCUGAGCCCGGCCAACCAGAUCUUUUUCGAUGUCACCGACGGCAUCUUCAUCAACUACACCUGGCGGAGCAACUUCCCAAGCCUUAGUGCUGCGGCAGCCGGCAACCGCAAGCGCGAUGUCUUUACGGGGAUCGACGUCUGGGGACGCAACACCUUCGGAGGCGGCGGCCACAACAGCCACAAGGCUCUGCGCGUCAUUUCCAAGGCCAAAACGUCAACGGCCCUGUUUGCUCCGGGCUGGACGUACGAGUUCUUUGGCAGCAAGCAUCUCGAGCUGAGCGACCGACGAUUUUGGGUCGACCCCCACUGCCCCGUUCCAUUCCCGCCAACGGCACCUGGCGAAAAGCCCUCUUCUGGUCGUGAGGACCCAAGCGAUCUGGGAUGCAUUCGCUCCUAUGUUCCCGAGCGACCUGCCGGCACCCAGACAAUGUUCUACACCGACUUUGACCAGGGCCACGGCAACGCCUACCACAUUCGUGGCAAGCCCAUCCACCAGCGCUCGUGGUUCCACCUCUCCCGCCAGUCGAUUCCGCCAACAUAUAGAACAAUCGACCACAUCCAGCUUCUCCAGCUCGAUGCCGAUGCCAAAACCUUUGAACACUCCACCAGCAGCGUCUUGCCCUAUGUGAUGCUCAUCAAGGGCCUUGGAGUGGAGACCGGUGUGGCCUACAACGGCGGCUCGAGCUUGGCGAUUCGACUCACGGAUGCCGGUGUCCAUCAGCUUGCCGAGAGCAACGCCACGGGCCCGGUUGGGUUUGUGGCCGAAACCUUCAAGGCCAGAGUCUGCGUGACCGAAGACACCCGAGUCGAAGGGCGCUUCCGAAUCGACAGAACGCAGUCACAGCUGCAGUCGGCAACCCCCAUCAGCGUCGGGAUCCGAGUAACCCUCCACGUGAACGAUGAUCCCAUUGCCUGGACUGUUUUUGGCAGCAAUGCGGCCGACAGCGGAUCCGGGCACGCCUCGGGUAGUGAUGCCACUUGUACGGACGAGUACGGCUGGACGACGGUUGGCUUUGACCUGGGAAAGGAGCUGGCCUCGACAGACGACGAAGAAAUAUCGGUCUCUGGCAUCGGAUUUGUUGUUGCUGGCGGCCACGACGGCGAAUCUCUGGACGGCAGCUUCUUUGGCCUUGGCGAGAACAGUGGCAUUGCGCUCGCCAGCCCGGCUACUUGCGCUGCGCCAGCUGGCAACGGCCAUGUCGCCGUCCACGUUGGCGAGGUGCGGGUCUGGAGAACCAGUGAAUACGCUGCUUCAGAUGCUCCGGCUGAGCAGUCGAGCUCGACAAGCAUCCGCGUCAUCAAGGCCGAACCUGCCAAGGAUGGCGAUGGUGGCGCCGUCCGAGAAGCCGUCACGAUCGUGUGGGAACCCAAGAACCUUCCGAGCACCGACGCAGCCGUCGAUCGAUGGGAGGUGUAUGUGAACGGACAGUGGACGGGCACGUCAUUUUGUACGCGGUUCUGGUAUGCGGCCAAGUCUGCAGCCGAGACGUUCGCCCAGCCGAUGGACGUUGAAGUUGUGGGCUACAACCCGAUUGGACAGAUUGUUGAGCGUGUCGCCAAGAAGAUACAACUGUGAACGAGACCAAACUAGAGGGGGCAAGCCGCCGCUUCUGUCGAUCGCAGCUGCACUGGCUUUUAUCCGUCCACCUCGAUGAUAUUGGCUCUGUUCUGUUCGACCUGGCCGGCCUUCCUGUCGAUGCUGUCAUAUCACAAUUACCACCCCAAUACCGCUCACUCUCCCCCCUCCUGAACAACUGGUUGCUUGUUAAGCCUCAGUUGCCGAUUGUGAUCCUGGCUGAAAACACAUGUUCGUCCAAUGCCACGAUCGGCUGGACCCCGGCACUAUUGGUACAGCUCCUGCGGCAUCUGGGGAGAUUGGGGUGUCCCCUGGUUUUGCAU